AAGAAAAAAUUAAUUAUUAAUCAUAAAGUUUUGUGAAUUUUAAAUGUUAUUCUCUUCAAGUUAUUGCAUGUAAAUGAAGGAAUUAUGUAGAAAAGAGGAGAUCUUACUUUUAAAAAUUUUAGUUUUCUUAUAAUCAUCAGGUAUAAAAAGCUUCAAUGCCUCCUCAAGGACUGAAUGAUCAAGACAUGGCUGCAAAUUCUGUCAGAGAUAUGCAGGUUGCAGAUGAUAACGAAACAGUGGAUAGUCCUGGUUGCUGUAAGCGAUGUACUGACAGAAUCAUACUGGCAUUAGAAGGAUGGUUUGCAAAAUUAGGCUAUUUUGUCGCAUCUUAUCCUGUUCCAACGAUUGUGAUAGCCGUGAUUGUUUCCUUGACUUGUCUUGCUGGCCUAGUGGAAUAUUAUGCCGAGAAUCGAGGGGAAAAAUUAUGGGUAGCUGCAGAUUCUCAAGGGCUAAAGCAUCAGGAAUGGGUUGAGGAUAGAUAUCCACCACAGUUUCGUGUUGUUACAAUUAUUGUAGAAGAUUCAAAUGUUUUAACAACUGCAACCUUCAAAGCACUUAUUGAAGUUGAUCAAAAAAUAAAAAAGAUUGGUAAUGGUACAGAUAUAUCCUGGGACAAAAUGUGUUUACCGCCUUGCAUACCGAAUACAAUUCUGUCACUUUGGAAUUAUAAUUAUGCAAAGAUCAAGUCCUUGGAUCAAAAUGCCAUAUUGAAAGAUGUAAAUAACCCGAAGCCAGUAAAGUUUGGUGAUCCUGUUCCUCUUACGCUAUUACUUGGUGAAAUAUCUUAUGACAAUAAUAAAAAUAUCACUGGAGCAAAAGCAACCAAAAUGUCUUACUUUCUUAAAAAUCAGGAAGUGUUUGUCAAAAGUAAAGGCAGAAAGAUUGAUGAAAAAGGAGAAGAAUGGGAAACAGAGUUUGACAAUGUUUUUAAGAUCGAAAUACCAGGUGUAAAGAUAUAUAGAUAUUCAAUAACAGGAUUUCAAGAAGAUUCUAGGUCAAGUCUUGGCAAUGACUUGCAGUUUCUCUUCGUUGGCUACAUUCUCAUCAUUGUCUAUCUAGCUGUUAUGCUGGGUAGUUUUUCACGAAUCAAUCAUAAAGUUUGGCUGGCAUUUGCUGGAGUGAUUUGCAUCGGUUUGUCUAUCGGCAUUGCGUAUGGGCUAUCAAGUGCAUUCCAGCUUUUUGUCUCGCCUGUUCACAAUAUUCUGCCAUUCUUAUUGUUAGGCAUUGGUGUUGAUGAUGUGUUUGUUAUUGUGCAGAACUGGAAUAACUUUGGUGGUCCAGAAAACAAAGACAAUGCAAUACCAGAGAAUGUCGCAGUUGCUAUGCGUCAUGCUGGCGUAUCCAUUCUUGUGACGUCAUUUACUGACAUAUGUGCGUUUCUCAUUGGUGCUACCACCGUGCUUCCUGCGUUAAGAUCGUUUUGUAUCUUUGCUGGAAUAGGAGUAUUUGCAGUUUUUAUUCUGACUUGUACAUUCUUCGUUGCAUGGCUUGCAUUGGAUAGCAGAAGGCAAAGAGCCUUUCGCGAUGCUUGUCUUUGUUGUAUAACUAUUAGAGAUUCGUGGCAACCAUUGGAAUGUUCGAAGAGAAAUUACUUGCAAUCGUUCAUGGCGAAUACUUACUCGAAAGCCAUUUUAUCCGUGCCAGGAAUGGUCGUGUGCAUGACUAUAUUCGUGGGUUUGUUAGCAGGCGGUUGUUACGGUUUGUCAGAAUUAAAACAAGACUUUGAUUUCGACUGGUUUCUUCCACCAGACUCUCAAACUGUCGCUUAUAAUAAAGCUAUCGAUAAGUAUUUCUCAACAGAGGGUAUAAACACAAAUGUUUAUGUUGGAGAGGUGGAUUAUUUUGCAGAACAAUCGAAACUUGACGAGUUGUACAAUAAAAUCACCAAGGAUAAACAUAUCGUGUCUGAACUCACUUUAAGUUGGUACGAAAAUUAUAAACAGUUCUUGAAAACCGAAAUCAACUCGACGUUGUUGAAUGAGACUACUUCACUUCCAAAAUCUGAGGCGGAUUUUUACACAUACUUAUGGCGAUUUCUGGAUAGUCCCUCGGGACUUCGUUUUAAAGGUGACGUAAAGAAUAAUACCAAGACCGAAAAAAUUAUGACGACUCGUAUCCGUGCUACGCAUGUGAAAUUAGAAGGAGCCGCAAACGAAAUAAAAGCAAUGGAUAGCUUACAGGAGUCAGUCAAUGAAGUUGUUUUUAACAAUGGCUUUGAAACAUUUGCAUACACUCGUUUUUACAUAUCGUGGGAAACGAAUAAGAUCAUCAGUACAGAGUUGAUACGCAACUUAGCGUUAGCUGGAAUCAUCGUUUUUCUUGUCACUCUGUUUUUGAUUGCCAACUUAUGGGUGUCUUUACUUGUGGUCACAUGCGUCGUCUUCACCUUAAUUAACAUAGCUGGCUAUAUGCACUUUUGGGGAUUAACAGUUGAUACAGUGACCACGAUCCAACUCAUCCUUGCUAUUGGUCUUUCGGUGGAUUAUUCCGCUCAUAUUGGACAUGGUUUUAUGGCGAGUCGUGACGGUGAUCGCAAAGCUCGAGCAGCACACGCCUUAGAGGAGAUUGGUCCUGCAGUCGUCCACGGCGGAUUUAGUACAUUUCUAGCUUUUGUAUUUCUCGCUGGUUCCGAAUCGUACGUGUUCUCAACGUUUUUUAAGUUGUUCUUCCUGGUGGUCGUUUUUGGUAUGUUUCACGGCUUAGUCUAUCUGCCAAUCAUGCUUCGAUUAAUUGGACCAAAGCCUUACGCAAAAGUCAUUAGCCAUGAAAAAACACCUGUAGAGAUGAAGAGUGUUAAUCACGAGGAUAGAUUUUCACCAAUACCCGAUCCACACCACAAGCAGAACGGAAACGCAGAUAACAACCAGUUAAGCCCGCAAACAAUCUACGAUAAGGAAAAUAGCGAAAUAAAAAACGAGAAGAAUGGAUCAAUAAGUGUGGAUAACGAAGCAUAUGAAUGAUUAAUAACGAUUAAUGAACGAUUAAUAACGAUUAGUAAACGAUUAAUAACGAUUAAUGAACGAUGGACGUAUUCUGUUGUCUGGCGUAAUUUUUGUUUUUAACCUAAAAUCAUUUAGGAUACUACUGAAAUUUUUACAAAUCACUUGAAAUGUUUUUUUAGGUAAACAUUGAAACGUUGUGAAGGUAAAUUUCUGCCCGGAAAAUACAGUUUCUAAGUAUAAAGUAUAAAUAUAACACUAUAAUAAUAACCAUAUUCCGUCUGUCUGUUUGUGCGGGAGAAAAAAGUCGUGGCAUGAAAACACGAAAUGUGAUAGUCAAGAACGGGUGAACCCGUGGUUUUAUCCACGGGCUAUCGAAUGUAUAUAUUAUAAUGGAAUCGUUGUUAUUAUAUUGUGUAUAUGUAAAUAUAUAAAAACAUUUUUGCAACACUUUUAAUAACUAUUUAUGUUUUUCUGUAUGAUAUUUAAAUUUGGUAGGAAUGUUGAUUAGUUAUAUUAUUUUUAUGCACUGUAAAUGAAGAUGUAAAAAAUAUUAGGGAGAAACUUGA